UUAAAAAUUAAAAUAAAUCCAAAUUAUAAAAUAAUUUAAAGCAAAAGAAAAGUAAUUUAAGAAAAUAUGAAUAACAAUAACUACUCAUAAAUUCCUCCUCCUCCUUAAAACUAAAAUUAAGGAUAUUAACCCCCAAUGAUGGGAGCUCCUUAAACAGUUCAAGUAGGAUUACCAAGAACUGCUAACUCAUCGACAGCUCCUACUACUAUACAAUGCCCAUAAUGCAAUUAAGUUGGUGUUACUACUGUAAAAAGCAAAAUGGGUAAAGGUACUUGGUGCUGUGUUGCUUUACUUUGUUUUACAACUGCGAUUCUUUGGGUUGUUCCUUUUUGCAGCGAAAACUGUCAAGAUAAAAUCCAUACUUGCCCAACAUGUUAAGCUGAAGUUGGUAGACAUAGAUAUAAAGUUUGCUGA